GUGUCGCGGGUGCCCGUGGAGUCCUGCGAGCAGUACCCGACCUGCGGCGAGUGCCUGAGCUCGGGAGACCCCCACUGCGGCUGGUGCACGCUCCACCACAUGUGCUCCCCGAGGGACCACUGCGAGCGGGCGGACGAGCCGUACCGAUUUGCCACCAGCAUCGGCCAGUGCAUCAGCAUCACCGUGCAGCCCGGCAGCAUCUCUGUCUCCGAGCACAGCCUCCCGCUCAGCUUGCUGGUGAGCGAUGCUCCGGACCUGACAGCUGGGGUCACCUGCCUCUUCGGGAACCUGACGGAGGUGGAAGGGCAGGUUUCGGGCAGCCGGGUCGUGUGUGUUUCCCCAGCAGCGAAAGAUGUUCCUGCCAUACCUGUGGAUCAGGACUGGUUCGGCGUGGUGCUGCAGCUGAAGUCGCAGGAGACGGGGAGGACGUUUGUCAGCACGGAGUUCAAGUUCUACAACUGCAGUGCCCACCAGCUGUGCCUGUCUUGUGUGAACAGCGCCUUCCGCUGCCACUGGUGCAAGUACCGGAACCUCUGCACCCACGACCCCACCACCUGCUCCUUCCAGGAGGGACGGAUCAACGUCUCUGAGGACUGUCCCCAGCUCUUCCCCACGGAGGAGAUCCUGAUCCCAGUGGGAGAGGUGAAACCCAUCACACUGAAGGCAAGGAACCUGCCGCAGCCCCAAUCCGGCCAGCGCGGGUACGAGUGCGUGCUCAGCAUCCAGGGCGUCAUCCACCGCGUGCCCGCCCUGCGCUUCAACAGCUCCAGUGUCCAGUGCCAGAACAGCUCGUAUCUCUAUGAUGGGAUGGACAUAAGCAACUUAGCCGUGGACUUUGCUGUGGUUUGGAAUGGGAACUUUGUUAUUGACAACCCGGAGGAUCUGAAAGUGCACCUCUACAAGUGCGCAGCCCAGCGCGAGAGCUGCGGGCUCUGCCUGAAGGCUGACCCCAAGUUCGAGUGCGGCUGGUGCAGCGGCGAGGCCAAGUGCACGCUGCGGCCGCACUGCAGCAUCCUGACAGUGUCGGGCCCCCCAGAAGGAGGGACCAGGGUGACCAUCCGUGGUGUGAACCUGGGUCUGGAUUUCUCCGAGAUCGCCCACGGGGUGCAGGUGGCGGGGGUGCCGUGCACGCCCCUGCCCGAGCAGUACAUCGUCGCAGAACAGAUCGUCUGUGAAAUGGGGCAGGCGCUCCCAGGGAUCAGCUCCGGCCCAGUGCUCCUGUGCAUCGGAGAGUGCAAGCCGGAGUUCACGGCCAAGUCGGCGCAGCAGUACAUGUUCGUGACUCCAGCAGUGAGCUUUCUGAAUCCCAGCCGUGGGCCGGAGUCUGGAGGGACAAUGGUGACCAUCUCCGGGCACUACCUGGGAGCUGGCAGCCGCGUGUCGGUGCUCCUGGGAAACCAGACUUGUGAAUUCUACGGGUAA